AUGUCUUUAAACGCUUCUGCAGCUGAAAUGGAAUCCAGUCCUUUGGAUUUUGUAGCGCAGGCAUGUAUGGUUUUAACAAAAAGCGUAGAAAAAGCUUCUGAUGAGGCCGAAAAAGUUGCUUUAAUAAUCGCACACAUAAAGAAAGUUUGGCCAGUCGUUCCGCCAGUGGACGAUUUUAAGAAAAAUCUAGAAUGGGUAAAUGUUGCUGAACCAAUUUCCCUUAUUGACCACUGUUCUGACAAAAUUGUGGUCUUAGAUUUUUGGACCUACUGUUGCAUUAACUGUUAUCAUGUCCUACCGGAUUUGGCAUACUUGGAGGAUUUAUACAAAGUGGAAAAUGGAUUAGUUGUUAUUGGUGUUCACUGUGCAAAAUUUAGCAAUGAAAAGACGUCAAGUAAUAUACUAGCCGCUGUCGAGAGAUAUGGUAUUCACCACCCUGUUGUUAAUGAUGCUGAGAGUGCUAUGUGGGAAGCUCUUGGAAUUAAAUGUUGGCCCACCUUAGUUAUUUUAGGCCCCGGUGCAAAACCAGUAUUUGUAUUAACUGGUGAAGGAAACAGAACUGAACUGGAGUGGUAUGUUGAAAGCCUUUUUGAAUAUUUCAACAGUGUGAAUAAAAUCAGCACUGCACCGUUACCUAUGGCUCCUGCUAAACAUAUUAAAGCGAAGAAUAGCAUACUGUAUUAUCCUAGUAAGAUUUCUUUAAACCCAUUCUACCGAGGGCGUGGCGAAGAACCAUUUUUGGCCAUAUCAGACACUGGUAAUCAUCGUAUAAUACUUACUGAUUGCUCUGGUAUUAUCCUACAAAUCAUUGGUACCUCUGAACCGGGAUUUAAAGAUGGGACAUUCUCUGAGGCGAAGUUCAACUCCCCUCAAGGUCUUUGCUGGUUAUCCGGUUCUGUUCUGUUAGUGUGUGAUACCAAUAAUCAUUCCAUAAGAGCCAUACACCUGGACGACCAUAAAGUUGAGGUGCUUGUGGGGACUGGAGAGCAGGCUGCUUCUGGUGAUAAAGGUGGUAAAUGCCUCGGUCUCCAGGCAUUAUCUUCACCGUGGGACAUAAUGCUCUACACGACACCUGACCUGGACAUGUCGGUACGCCCUGCGAUGCCACCUCCUCCGCCGUCCGCAGAGAAUAAGGAAAAUACUGAAAAAGAUAAGGAGAAAGAGAAAGAGAAAAAAGACGAGAAACGCCGCGUAGUAUUGAUCGCGUGCGCAGGUUCACAUCAAAUAUGGGCUCUUUUCCUGGACAACACAAUCUGGUGGAAAUACAAGAUAUACACUGAAGGUACAUGCGUCAGAAUAGCUGGAUCGGGCACGGAAGCGGCUAGGAACGGCGCUUACCCCAACUCCGCGUCAUUUGCUCAACCGUCGGGUCUCACGCUUAGAACCGGUGCCUGCCCGGAGGUCUUCAUAGCAGACUCUGAAAGCUCGUCAAUUCGUCGCCUCUCUUUAGCGACGGGACAUGUUUCCACAUUAUGCGGAGGCGACAAAAACCCUUUGAAUCUCUUCGCUUUCGGUGACGUAGACGAUAUAGGCGUAGAAGCGAAAUUGCAACACCCACUAGGCGUAGCGUACUGCGAAGCGAACAAGACCCUCUACGUAGCGGACACAUACAACAAUAAAAUAAAAAAAGUAGACAUCGGCCCGCAAAAGGUCACAACACUAACGCCCUCUAUGAUCGAAAGUACGGACCCGGCGACGUUCAACGAGCCAUCCGGUCUAUCAGUCAGCCUGGACCACAAAUACCUCUACAUAGCUGAUACGAACAACCACAGCAUCAAAAUCCUUAAUCUGGCUAAGUACGUCUGCCAAGAGUUCCGGGUACGACACCCGGAUACGAAAUUCGUGGAGCCGGAUAACCUUAUUUUGUAUCACAAUGAUUUAUUUAUCAAUAGACGCCAUGGAAAUCUAGUUAUUUACUUCGCAGUCAGUCUAGAUAAUGAUUAUAAGAGGAAUAUUAAGUUUACAGCUGGCGCACCUCAACAUUGGUCGCUUUGUAUUCGCGAUGAGCAUAACAUAGAUGUGACUCUGGAGGACUUUGAAUUCAUCGGUUGUGCGACUAAGGGUACCACGUUACCUGGUCGAGUGGAGAUGACCCUCAAGAGACGGACUGAGAACACACACUAUCGCCUAUACUUGAGUUUUAAUACUGCGUUGUGUGAAGGCAAUGUGUGUUUCGCACACUCAUUCACCAUUCGCUCCACGGUUUUGGUCCGCGACUCUGUGAAAAUGCUGGAGUCGUACAAGAUCACUUGUAAAGUGAACCCGGCGGGCAAUGGUAGUAAGCAGGAUAUGAAAUUGGCUGAAAAUAAAUCGUAG